GACCGGUUCCCUGUGGUGGCAGCUUGUUCCACUGCCAGCACCUGACCCAGGCGGGGCCUGUGCCUUGGGAAGGUCGGGUGGGGCGGCAGACGGAGCUGGCCAGGGAGGCAUGUAGGCUGGGGAAGGAAUUCCAGCCGGCGGCUCGAAGGCUUUCGUCUCCCGGAGCCAUGAAGCACAGGGCCUUUUGGACUGCACUGGAAUACACCUGCCGACUGCUGGGCAUCUCCACGGCAGCGGUGCUGGUUGGAGUGGGAGUGGAGACCCUGCAGCGCGGGCAGUUCCAGAGCCUGGCUGUCUACCUGCUUUUCUCAGGGGCAGCGGUUUCCAUCUGCGAAGUCUCCUUCUUCGUCAGCCUGCUCCUGGGCAUGUGUAUCACCUACCAGCCAGGCUCCUUGGCACAUGCCUUCUGGAAGCAAACCACCCAGCCAGCGAGCUUCCAGAAAUUCCUGGGUUACGUGCUGCUCUCGGUAGCCUGCUUCCUGCAUCCCGUCCUGGUCUGGCAUGUCACCAUCCCCGGCUCCAUGCUGGUGCUGACCGGCUUGGCCUACUUCCUGCUGAGCAAGCGGAAGAAGAACCCGGCGCACCGGGAGGCGCGGAGGCCACUGGAGCAGUAUGUGGACCCCUGUGCCACGGCUGCCACCUCCACGGGCUGUGGCGACACCGAGCAGACCUUCACCUUCCCCGGCGGGCGCCUAGAGCAGCACGCCUCCCUGCUUGGCCACAUGAAGAGCAUUCUGAAAGGUAGCAAGGACAAGGGCACUGGCUGGCCGGCCGAGCCCGCCCCAGCCCCGCCCACCCUGGCCUCAGGCAAGCAGGUUCACUUCCAGGAGAAGCUGGUGAGGAUCAUCCCUUCCAUCAGCGAGAGCCCAGACGAGGCGGAGAGCGAGGCCGAGGAAACCACGUCCGACACAGCCCCAAUCCUCGGGCCCACAGAGACCCCGCUCCUCGUCACGCCCCUCAGUGCCACACCCCUGUUCUGAGUGCCAGCCCACCUCGCCCGCAGCCUGGGGCGAAUGGCAACAGCCUGCAGCUCCCCACCUGCUGGCCCAGGGCCUGGCCUAAGGGCUCAGACAUGCUCCCCCUGCGGCCCAGGCACCACAGGCAAAGCCAACCUAUCUGGAGCAAGGCAGCCACCGCCAGGUGAGGUCCUGGUGCCUGGGAGCCCAGCCAACCCCCACAACUAAUGCUUCUGCUGCCGGCUGGAGGGCGGGGCUGGCGGGUGCCGUGCCAGCUUCCGGGGCUGGCUGCAGCGCUGGCAUUCAGGGAGUCGUCCUAGCUACUUAUCUGCUGGGGCCGGACCAGCCUCUGGGCAAAGCCCUUCAGUUCCCAUCUUUAUUUGGUUGAACAGUUCCUGGGACUGUAUCAGUGUGUGUUCCAAACACUGCAAACGGGUGGAAAUCAGGGCAAACAAAUCCACUUCCUAGUUUUCUGGGUAAAUAUCAGGGUUAAUCCUGGGGUAGCUUGGGGGGAUGGAGAAAGAGGGCAAAAUCGAGCCUAGUCCGAGUGGUGAAGUGACAGCCCUUCCAUGCAGUGGUUUAUGUCGUGAGCUGUACAUCAGCUAUACAUGCACAGGUGAGUGUGUCUGACUGUCUGUCCUUCACACUGUUGCCUUCCUUUAACAGACAGCCUCACAUUCACACUGCGACUAACUUACUAUUAACAGAGAGGCGUCUGCUAGUGGGAUGGGUUGGAUUUUCUUAACCUAAUCAUUAUUUCCAUGUACUUGAGCAGUCCAAAAUUCAGAUGAAAAUCAGUUAAAACCAAAUAAUAGCUUUGGUAAAACCCUGGGCACCGCCCGCCCACUCGCCAUGGGAUCCUGGCAGGCUCUGGCCAUGUGUCAGUACACCCUGGGAACCGUCCAGCCCCCCCAUCAGCCCCACCCCCGUGGGAUCCAUGCAGGCUCUGCCCUGGUGGGCUGAGCCAGGCUCUGCUCAGCGUAUUUCCAGGACAGUGAAGCCUUCGCUCUCAGACAUUUUCCAGCCCCUCCGUGGGCAUCUGCUCAGUGCUAGGCGGUCGUACCAGCGGAGUUGCAGCAUCUGCCCUAGCCCCCCAUCCUGCUGUGUGGCUGGCCAUGGGCCAUGCUCCCCAGCCAGCUGGAUCUAACCCCCAGCCCCUUGGGCUGCCGGCUUUCUCACAGCAGCAUUGCUGAUAAGCCGCAGGGAACGGAGCCAGCCUAGGGGCAUCAGAUGCCAUCUCCCAGUGCUCCCCCCUGGGGUGGCUGUGGGGCCAUGCGGGAACAAGGGACACGACACUCCCACCAGCCUGCUGUUUGCAGGAGAGGGCUGGUUGCCUGAAUCCCUGCAGCCAUCCCCCCUCCUCCCAUGCCCUAGAACAUGGCCCUGGGACAGAGUGGAUCCAUCUUCCAGUGCCAAUGUCUGCCCUGCCCUCCACCGCCCAGGGGAGCAGCACCUCCAGGGAUAGGGAUUGGGGGGGCUGACGAUCAGGGCCCAGCCUGUGAUGGGUUCGGUCACAGAGAUCCGCUUGGGACUGUCGCCUGAUGUGCUGAAAUUACCUCUGAGCCCGUUUUCCCUGCCAGCCUGGGAGUCCAGCACCCUGCCUUGUUGAGCCAGACACGCCAGCCUGCUGCAACACAGACCCAGGGUUUGGGCCACGCCCCAAAAGCUGCAGACUUUAACUAAAAACAGCUCAGCAGGUUUCCUACCUCCAGCACCCAGCUCCCAAUGGAAUCCAAACCCCAAAUAAAUCCGCUUUACUCUGUAUAAAGCUUAUACAGAGUAAAUUUGUAAAUUGUCCAUACUCUAUAGCACUGAUAGAGAGAUAUGCACAGCUGUUUGCUCCACAAGUAAUUAAUCACUUACUCUGGGUUUAUUAAUAAACAAAAGUGAUUUUAUUAA